GAUAAAAGAGAAGAAGAGGGAUAAGAAGGAGAAGAGGGAGAAGGAGAAGGAGAGGAGCUCCAAAAAAUCCGACAAGGCUUCGGCAUAAUUGGCUGCUUCGUUGAGUAUCUACGAGAUUUGUUUUUGUUUUUGGUGAUGAGCUGCUUUUAUGCGGGGUCGAUGCUAGCCAUUAGAAGGAUGUUGACAAUAUACCUGGCUCACGGCCCUGGCACAACUGAGGUGCGGUUACAGUAAGGUGUCAGGAGUCAGUACCCCAGUCGCGUGCCUCGUGAUCAUUGGUUUCCGGAUUAGGUACGGUCGAUGUAGUACUGAUUGCGGCAAGGGUUCGUCGUUUGCUCUCCCUCUCAUCUCCCAGUAUUCUCCAGACGAAGCAUACCACAAAUUACUAUGCAUGCUAUUCAGCAACAAUAUUGGGCCGUUCGCGACUAUCUCAGCCCAGUCCUCAAAGAAAGCAAGUUCAAAGAGCACGGACGUAUAACCCCCGAGGAAUUUGUAGCAGCAGGAGACUUUCUAUCAUACAAGUUCCCAGUAUGGACGUGGGAAAAAGGCGACGCGUCCAAAGCCCGCGAUUACCUCCCCGCUGAGAAACAAUAUCUCGUCACUCGUGGCGUCCCCUGCCUUCGACGAGCCACAUCACUGGCUUACACAGACGCCGAUGAAGACGCCGAGCGACUUCUCUCCUUCGGGGAUUCUUCGGGCGCUGCCGAUGAGUGGGUAGAAACGCAUGCAGGCCGAGGGGCCACAGUGGACUCUGCUGCGAACCUAGGCGAGAUCGAUGAUAUCCCAGACUUGGAUGGUGAUGGACUGGCGAGCGCGAUGGCAGAUGUGUCGAUUGCAUCGGAGACGGGCGCUACGGUGGGAGAGACCCCGGAUCUAGAUGAUAUCCCUGACAUGGAAGAAGAGGGGCUGGAGGACGGCGAAGAUGAAGCUACGGCGGCACCGGUUGUGCCCAAGGCGGGUGGCGUCAUCGAUGCAUCACAAAUUGGGGUCGCAAAUGGCAAUCUCCUACAAGUACGAACAUAUGACGUGAUGAUCACAUACGACAAGUAUUACCAAACUCCCCGGAUCUGGCUGCUCGGCUAUGACGAGAAUCGCACGCCUUUAACACCAUCGCAAAUCUUCCAAGAUAUCUCAGCAGACCAUGCUCUCAAGACCGUCACCAUCGAAGCCUUCCCACACUCCUCAACACUCCAAGCAGCUUCCGUACAUCCCUGCAAACAUGCAAGUGUGAUGAAGAAAGGUGUGGUAGAAGAGCAGCUAGCUGCACGGAAGAAUUCUGGCAAGCACCAAGACAAGGACGGGAAGAAGAAAUGGGGUUUCGGGCGCAAGGGCGCAAAGGAGGAGGGCGUCAAGACCCCAGUGGAAGAAGAGGAAGUGGAGGGCAUGCGCGUGGACUUCUACCUUGUGGUGUUCUUAAAGUUCAUCGCUUCUAUCGUGCCUACGAUCGAGGUGGACUCGACGACUGCGUUUUGA